UAGAACCAGUCAAACUAUAGAAGGAAAAAGAAAAUGUCCAUGUAGUCGUCUGUAUUUACCACAUUACUCACAGUGCCACUUCAUCAAACACUAUGGCACAUCCUGCGCUACUGCUGCUGAUCAGCUUGACUGUUUCUGGGAGUCAAGCCGUAACUUUCCAGGGGGGAUCUCUGACCUUCAUGCCUGGAAACAGAUAUCCAGAUGGAACAGUGGAGAUGCACUUUUACUACAGAGAGUCUGGUAAACUGCCCUGUGAUCCUCAAGUCUCAUGGGUCUGUGAUAGUGGCGACUGUGGCGUUCUCACAUACGCACAGCCUGAGGUGACGGAUCAGGACCAGUCGGGUCAGAUCCUCUGGUGCCAGUCCGAGCGUCACAUGACCACCAAUGUCACUGGUGAUGAGCCCUUCACUCUGAGUGGCUCUGGUUGCUGCUGGGUAAGUAAUGUUCAUAAUGUUGGUGAAUGGACACUUCGCAGCGUUGUUGACACAAGACAACGUUCAGACACUAGGACUGCAAACAGGUCCCCCGUUUCAGCAAUAAUACCAAAGAUAAGGGUUCCUCAGAACUGUUUUCAGCGUCUUCAACUGCUGGCCCAUGACCCAGAUGGAGAUGAUGUGAGAUGCAAGUGCCCAUCUUGCCAUCAACACCCAAACAUAAAUCUCGAUGAGGACUCAUGUACUCUGAGCAGUAAUGGUGCAUUGGACCUGGGACUGCAUGUUUUUGAGUUCAUGAUGGAGGAUUAUCCUGUAUCAAACAUCACUUUGACGAAUGAGAAUGGGAUCUCCUUUGUCAGAAAUCCUUAUAAUCAGACCACCAACAUUGACUCAACUCCACUCAGUCAAGUGCCUCUGCAGUUUGGAGUUGAAAUCCUAACACCAGUCCAUAGUUGUGUACCAGGGGUGAACAGGCCAAGUUUACUGACACCAACUCCCUUACAUGGAGAUGUACAUCAUGCAGCUGUGGGAUGUGUUCACAUUAUUUCCCUCCGUGCCCAGAGCUCGCACAACAGGUCUGAAAUAUGCAUUGUCUAAAACUAAACUAAAAGUAUUCCUGCCACAAUUUUCCUUAACAUAUCCAAAGUUCAAUCUAAUAACAUGCAUUUUCUAUCAGAUGCAGGUCCGGUUCUACAGGGGUGCUAGAGGGUGCUAAACACCCUCAAACAAAAGCAAGAGCACCCUCAGCCUCAGUUGAUACAGUAAUAAUCUAAUACUGGUGAAACUGAUUUGGCAAACACAGUGCCUAUUUGUGUUUACAAUAUGUUUUUACAGUUCUGAGCAAUGAGCCAAUCACAGACAUGUCUGUUGAUCUCGUAAAUGUAGUGACCAAUCAGAGGUUUUUUUCAGUGUAGAGUUUUGCACACUUUCAACUUAUAACAUUAUAACAAAGUGUAGACAUAAUGUAAAUAAGAUUUUCACUGUACAGUUUAGACCGCUUCAUUGAUUAUAACAGAAGUUUUCGCAAGAGUGCUGCAGAACUGAAGCGAGUGACAGUUUUCUAGUGAUUACAAAGGGAACGCUGUUUGCACGAUUUUUAUAUAUGACCCUUCUGAAUUUGAAUAAAGGUGUUGUAUUUCAUGCUGCUAAGAGGACCAACGGCCACAUACACAUUUAAAUACAAGAUUCACUCUUGAAAUUGCAAUUAUCGAUAACCAUAGUAAUGGAUGAGACAAAGCUACAUGUCAAAAAUACAUAGCUGUGCAUUAAGCAAUGUACAAUGCUGACUGGAUCGAGUCUCAGUACCGGCAGGAAUUGUCAAUGGGGGCAGUUAAUGUACAGUGCUCUCUUCCAUCCUCAAUACCACAGCUGAGGUGAGACCCUUGGGCAAGGCACCAAACUCCCCGGGCGUAAAUGUAAAAUGGUUGUCCACUGCUCUGGGUGUGUGUUCACGGUUUGUGUGUGUGUGUGUGUGUGUGUGUGUGUGUGUGUGUGUGUGUGUGUGUGUGUUUGGAUGGGAUAAAUGCAGAGCACAAAUUCCAAACACCAGACUUGGCUACAUGUAAUGUCACUUUCACUUUCAUGCUUUACUAGAGCACCCUCCCUAACUUCAGAAGCACCCGCAGUAAUUUGAUGUGUGUUGUUGAAAAAUAAAGUUUCAACCAACAUGUUUUGCAUGUACAGAUUACUAAUCUACUGGUUAUCUAAUCUUUCAAUCAUUCUUGUGUAGUAUCUUGGACUUCCAGGUCAGUGGUCCGUGGAACAUAUCAAAGAGCUUGAGGAAUGCAAGUCAAGGCGUUACCGAGGCCACGCUGACAUGGACACCACAGGAAUCAGACCUGCAUCAUCAUGUACCUGUGUGUUUCGCUGCAGAGACACUUCAGAGUCAAUCAGAGAUGCGGUGCAUUGUGAUCAUUGUGGCAGAGUCGAGGGUUCUCUCAGGUGAAGCAGAGGUCUUCUGUGAGGAAAACAGUAUCAGCGUUGCAGUAAGCAAAGCAUCCAUGAAGGGGAUUGAUCAAAACUGGCUCCAACUGAGAGACCCCACCUGCUCUCUUACUUUCAAUGACACGCAUAUCCUGGGCACGGUGUCCCUCAACACCUGUGGUACCACAAUGGAGGAUUCAGGAGACUUCAUGGUUUUCAAAAAUGAGAUCAAUUCUUUUGAGAACCCUAAUGAAGUAAUCACCAGACGCAGUCAAGUUAAAAUUGGCUUCUCCUGCCAGUACCCCAAAGUAGCCAGUGUUUCAAACCACUACAUCAACAAGAAGUCAGACUACAUCUUCACUGAAUCCAGCUUCGGCACUUUUAGUUACUCAUUUAACAUUUUUACUGACAAUAACUUCAGCAGUCCAGUGGAUCCCAGUCUAUAUCCACUGGAGAUAAAUUUGUUGGAUAUGCUCUACAUGGGCAUUGCAGCCCAUUCUGCUCUCCCUGAGGUCCAGCUCUUUGUGGAGUCUUGCAGGGCCACUCCAGAUGACAACCCAUACAGUGCUCUCUUUUAUGACAUCAUCAAAGAAGGGUGUAUUUUGGAUGACACAGUUGAGGUUUAUCAUAGUGAUGCAAGAGCGUAUGACUUUGGGAUCCAAGCUUUCAAGUUCACAGGCGGCUACAAUGAGGUGUAUAUUACCUGCUCUGUAAUUCUGUGUGCGGAAGGAAGUUUAAAUUCCAGAUGCGCACAAGGCUGCCUCAGGGAACCCGCACACAAACGCAGACGAGAUGUGAGCAAAGAAACCGCUAGGCAUUACAUCACGCAGGGUCCCUUCCAUGUGGCGAGACAAACUCAGCAUUCUGGAGCAGCUUCAGAAAAUGGUGGUUCUCUUCAUAUCAGCACAGGCACCGCAGUCUUUGCAGGACUCUUUAUUGUCUCCAUUGUGGUGCUGGUUGGAAUGUGGGUGUACAACAGCAAAAAAACAAGAGAAACUGACCGCACGUAUCUAAUGUCCAGCUUCUGAAGAACAUAUAAACAUUAUAAAUGAAUGUCCAAUUUUCUGUUCAUGAAUCCUCUCUGUUAUUGGUAAUGAAAAAUAUAAUUAAAGUGUGGUAAAAUCUGCAUUACUUUCUGGCAGACAUCGUACAUCUCUAAAAGUUGCACAUACAUGAAAGGGUUUGUGUUUUAGAAACUGUUCAUAUUUUGAUAGUGUGUGUAUCUGAUUCUGUCUGAAGGUAAAAACUUUUACAGGUGUUUUACAAGAAUAAAUGAAUAGUUUAGAACAAUGAAUAUUAAAUCAGCAGCAUAAUUGCCUUUGCCUAGUAUUUUACUCUUUUCAACCCUUUUUCUUCUUCUUUUAAACACUAUUUAAGGAUCAUCCAGUAACUUGAUGCAACCAUGUUGCCUGGGAGGUGCAAAAAGACCUAAUAUGUAAAUUUCACAAACAAAAAUCACAAACAGCUGUUACCUUGGUGGAUAUUUUACUAUAUCAGAAGUACAUAACCAGAAAAGUGUUUUUGAUGUCAUAAGUCCAAAACUUUAUAUAGUGAUCCCGGUUUUAUGACAUCACAACAGACAUAUGAAGAAUAAAGUCAGUUUGUCUCUUUUUGACUUUUUUGUUAGAAGUGCUGUAUCUUUUGACUAUUCACUAAUCCAUGUUAAUUCUGAGGACAUUUAAAGUUCUGUAACUACUGUAUCUGUAAUAUUUUACUAAAUGUAAUUCAGUUUCUUUCUUUCCAUAAAAGUUCAUUUCAUGGAGUCAGAUAAAUAUAUAUUUUGGCUUA